GCGCGCGUGUGUGAGGCCGCCUGCAGGAGGCGAGGCUGCCCUGGCCUCCCGCACCAGCCGGUGGAAGCCAGCCGGGGAGGGAAGUCGCCUCAGUGGCCCGGCGGCCCUCCUGCCCUUUGGCCAGGCUUACAAUUCCUCCUAGCAUGACCCAGAUCUGAUCAGUCAACGCAAGCAUUGUUUCCUGUGCCCGGCUCUGCAGUGCUGGGGCCUCCUCAUUGCCCCAAACUAAGGCACUGUCAUGGCGGCUGCCUCUACUUCCGUCCCUGUAAUUUCACAGCCCCAGUUCACAGCCAUGAAUGAACCACAGUGCUUCUACAACGAGUCUAUCGCCUUCUUUUAUAACCGGAGUGGGAAAUAUCUUGCUACAGAAUGGAACACAGUGAGCAAGCUGGUAAUGGGACUGGGGAUCACUGUCUGCGUGUUCAUCAUGCUGGCCAACCUACUGGUCAUGGUGGCAAUCUAUGUCAACCGUCGCUUCCAUUUCCCUAUUUAUUACUUGAUGGCCAACCUGGCUGCUGCAGACUUCUUUGCUGGAUUGGCCUACUUCUACCUGAUGUUCAACACGGGACCCAAUACGCGGAGACUGACUGUUAGCACCUGGCUCCUCCGGCAGGGCCUCAUCGACACCAGCCUGACGGCCUCUGUGGCCAACCUGCUGGCUAUUGCCAUCGAGAGGCACAUCACAGUUUUCCGCAUGCAGCUCCACACACGGAUGAGCAACAGGCGUGUGGUGGUGGUGAUUGUGGUCAUCUGGACGAUGGCCAUUGUGAUGGGUGCCAUACCCAGUGUGGGCUGGAACUGUAUCUGUGAUAUUGAUCAUUGUUCCAACAUGGCACCCCUCUACAGUGACUCCUACUUAGUCUUCUGGGCCAUUUUCAACCUGGUAACCUUCGUGGUCAUGGUGGUUCUCUAUGCGCACAUCUUUGGCUAUGUUCGCCAGAGGACUAUGAGAAUGUCUCGGCAUAGUUCUGGACCCAGGAGGAAUCGGGACACCAUGAUGAGCCUUCUGAAGACUGUGGUCAUUGUGCUUGGUGCCUUUAUUGUCUGCUGGACUCCGGGACUGGUCUUGUUACUGCUGGACGUGUGUUGCCCGCAGUGCGACGUCCUGGCCUAUGAGAAGUUCUUCCUCCUCCUCGCCGAGUUCAACUCUGCCAUGAACCCCAUCAUCUACUCGUACCGCGACAAAGAGAUGAGUGCCACCUUCAGGCAGAUCCUGUGUUGCCAGCGCAAUGAGAAUCCCAAUGGCCCCACAGAAGGCUCUGACCGCUCAGCCUCCUCCCUCAACCACACCAUUCUGGCUGGAGUUCACAGCAAUGACCACUCUGUGGUUUAGAAGGAAGCUAGCCAACCUCUGUGAAGCUGUGAACCCCCACCCCCACCCCAUUGCCAGGGCAAGGUGGGGAGCCAGAGGACAGGAAGACACUCCCAUACUUAAACACUAACCAACGGCAGUAUUUGUCCAGAGACCCAAGAGACUUGACAUAGCCUGAAGAUGAACCUAUGUGGCAGCCCCAUCUUCUCCUUUGGAAAAUAGAAAGUGUUUGUCUGGCAGUGGAAUUCAGAAAUGGACUCUGGGGUGCCAUGUAGCCUUCACUAACUAGACUUAAAAGAUUUUAUGUGGUUUGGCCUAACAGAAAAAAAAAAUCUGCUAAAUCAAGUUGCACAACUUCAUACAGGCUUCCCCUUUAAAAUAUAAAACAAAGCAAAACAAAAAAAGUCUGGAGGAUAGAUUUCAUCUAAUAAGUGUGUUUAUUCCUGUCAGCAUGUUUGUGAUGGAAAAGACUGUUAAAUUGACAUAGGAGAAUUUUUUUUCCACUAUGGAGGAAAACUGUACAUUGGAAUGAUUUUUGUGUUUGUUUAGGAAGCAAGCAUGUGGCGUGUGUAUACAGUAUGUUUUCUUUAAAUAUAAAAGGAUACUAUUUUAAAUCUCCUAGGGGAUAGAACAAUCUAGUAAAACUCAGUAUUCGGUUAGGCUAGGGAAGAGACAGUAACAUCCCCACCAGUGUACCUAACAAUGAAGGUAUUGGAGCACACAUGCAAAGCAGGGACUGUGUGUUUUCCACCCAAAGAGCGUGUGCUCUAAAACCAGGAGAAGAUGAAGUGCACUAGCGUUGUCCCUGCAUAGUUAAGAUCCCCACGUGCAUUCUUAGAGCCAGGACAGUCGUGGAAUUUUUUUUCUAAAGCCUGUGGUUUUCCAAGUUAUAAAAUAACGCAUACUUACUAUAGAAAACUUGAAAAUUGCAGAACUGUGUGAAAAAGAAUAAAAAAGAAAGAUUGUUGAUAGUAUAACCUGGAAGUAACCGUCUUUACCAACUCUUGCAUGUAUGCCUACAGACAUAUAUUAUAUACUUUUGAUAUAAUUGGGAUGAUAUUGUAAAAUGUUUUGUAACUUUUUCUUUUAGAAUUGCCAGGUUUUCCUAUGGCAUUAAUUUUUUUUUUUUACAAAAACAGUGUUAGUGGCUAUAUAAUAUUCCAUUUAAUGGAUGCAGCUCAGUUUAUUUAACCAUUCCUGUAUUGUUGACUAGGUUUUUUUUUAAUUUUUAUUGUUAUAAUAUUGGAAGAAUCUUGUGUACAUAAAUCUUUGCCAGUAUCAUUGAUUAUUUACUUAGGAACUGUUCCCAUGAAGGACCUACUUUUUAGAAUGUGAAUUGUCCUCAUGUGCUUUCAGUCUAGAAAAGGGACAUUCUACUUCCAAACUGCAGAGAUGGCAGUGCUAAAUGCCCCCCAAAUUACCUUUUUACACAAGAAACACAGUGGUUGCUCUAGUCGAGAAUGACUUCUUAACAAGAAGUUUCCCAAUAACCAAUAUGCCCUAAUGUAACUAGCAAUUUCAGUUUCGUUUUUUGAGGAAAUGGUGAUUCCCAUUCUUGGCAGCCAAGGCUGUCAUGUAGCAUUGAAGAAAACAAAAAGAAAUCAAACGUUAGAAGUGAGUCCAGCAUUGCUGUAUCAAGUAGCCUGGGUGGGCUAUGUUGGCAACUGGCUGCUGUGUGGUCUCUACAAUCGCCCAGUAGAUGCUUGUGUGCAGAGAGGCCUGGUACAUUGUCUGAGUGAAUAGUGGUUCUGCUGGUGCACUAUAAGAAGCAACAAGGAAGAAAUACAGCCCUGAAGCAGGUGUGGAAAGGUCAGGAGGAUGUUUGAGAGAAAGAAGUCCUGGAGAGAAUGGCAUUCUAGGGAGGAGGAAGAUGGAGGGUGGACUUCGUCUGCACAGAGGGAAGGCACAUAAAGUGCGCUUGUUUGUUUGUUUUACGUAGGUGGAGAGCCAGUUAGCAGGAAAAAGAUUUGUUCAGUGUUUACACAAUGUGCAGACAAUUUAUACUGAAAAUGAGUGAAAUGAAUUUGGAGUUUUAUUGAUGGGGUGAUAAGGGCUAUUUGAAUUGAAAAGCAUACUAAUUGGACCUUAAUAAAUCAUUCUCAAUC